AUUGAAUUGUCUGACUGUGUAACCAAAAAGUUGCUUUUACUUACUCUUUUAUCUGACAUUCAUGCUAUGAUAUUUCUUUUCUUGCUGCUUUCCGCAUUCCCAACGUACCAUUUAUAUUUUCUUUCGCAUUUAAUUGACGCAUAAUUUGGCAGCGUUGCGAGAUGUCGGGCUUAAAUUUAACUGUACGUGUGCAUCCUGUGGUGCUUUUCCAAGUUGUGGAUGCUUAUGAACGUCGGAAUGCUGAUUCCCAUCGUGUAAUUGGUACCUUGUUGGGUUCCGUUGAUAAAGGCGUCGUGGAGGUCACCAAUUGUUUCUGUGUGCCACACAAGGAACACGAUGAUCAAGUGGAGGCUGAACUGAGUUAUGCCUUGGAUUUGUAUGAUUUAAAUCGUAAAGUGAAUCCAAAUGAAAAUGUCGUCGGCUGGUGGGCUACAGGCAAUGAAGUUACUAACCACAGCUCUGUCAUACAUGAAUAUUAUGCGCGUGAAUGUAACAAUCCUGUGCACUUGACUGUAGAUACAUCGCUCCAAGGAGGGCGUAUGGGACUACGUGCAUAUGUUUGUAUACAACUCGGCGUGCCUGGUGGCAAAACCGGUUGCAUGUUUACACCAAUACCAGUUGAUGUGACUUGUUACGAACCAGAGACAUUCGGAUUGAAAUUGUUGCAGAAAACCAUUGGAGUAUCACAGCCACAUCGCCCAAAAACAGUUUCACCAAUGUUGGACUUGGCACAAAUCUCCGAGGCAUCCACCAAAUUGCAGGGUCUGCUUGACCUUAUACUUAAGUAUGUAGAAGAUGUAAUUGCACAUAAGCAACCACCAGAUAAUGCCGUAGGACGUCAAUUGCUCGACCUUAUCAACUCUGUGCCACACAUGUCACACGAACAAUUUACACAGAUGUUCAACGCAAACGUACGUGAUUUGCUUAUGGUAAUCACAUUGUCUCAACUAAUCAAAACACAAUUACAAUUGAACGAAAAAUUAACUUUCCUACCAACAAAUUAAAUUCUAACAAAACAAUUAAUUUAAACAAAAAAAUAUUUUUAAAUUGUGAGAUUUAAGAAAAGUUUGUAAGGGUAGUGUAAGCGCGCAGAUAUUGACACUUUUAAGAAUGUUGGCAUGUAGAAAUAUUAGUAAAGUAUUUCAAUAUAUAUGUAUGAUGCGUGCGAGAAGGAAA